AUGUCUACCGAGAAACCAGAAGCGGUGCACGAUGAAGAGAGCAGCGCCGCAGCCCCGAUAACCGCCGAGGGGGGCAGCACGAUGCCACACCUGACCCCGAGAACAAUCAUGGCCAUCAUCUCAAUCUGUCUCCUCUACAACUCGUACCUCUUCACCCAACUCAUGCCCGCCGUGAUCCUCUCAAGCAUAAACGCCGACCUGGGCCCCGACCCCAACUACCCCUGGAUCACAAUCUGCUGGAACCUCGGCGCCGCUGUCAUUGUCACCAUUGGCGGGCGUCUCUCCGACAUCUUCGGGCGGCGCUGGUUCCUCAUUUCGGGAGCGGUAUUUGGCGCAGUGGGCGCAGUGGUUGGAGCGACGGGGCGGUCGAUCUCGCAGAUGAUAGCCGCUGGUGUACUCAUGGGGGUUGGAGGUGGGUUUGGCGAGACGCUUUUUGCGAGUGUUCAGGAGAUUGUGCCGAAUCGGUAUCGGUUGUUUAUUUUGGGUGCGCAUCUCGCCUUUCAGCCGUCCACCACCCAAUGGAGUCUGCUAACUGCGCCAGGCUGUGUCGAGAUAUCCAACAUUCCCGCAAUGCUGAGCCCUAUGAUCGGGUACACCUUUAUCAGCCAUACAAAGCUACGCUGGAGAGCGUGCUACUGGUGGAUGUUCGCAUUCGAGACACUCACAGCCAUCGCGCUGUUUAUCUUCUAUCGGCCACCUUCGUUCAAGACGAAGCACCGCGAGGAUCAAAAGACCAAACGGCAGCUUCUUGCUGCACUGGAUUAUGUUGGCUUGCUGCUGUUCCUCGCUGGAUGUAUUUUGCUUCUUUUGGGGCUGAAUUGGGGCGGGCGCAACUUUGCGUGGAAUAGCCUGGGGGUCAUUCUGCCCAUUGUCCUGUCUGUGGUUCACUUUGUCGCUCUGGGGUUCUGGGAAGUAUAUGCCAAACUCGAAUAUCCCAUUCUGCCCCCCAGGCUGUUUCGGAAGUGGCGCGACUUCACUUCUCUUAUCGCCAUGACCUUUGUCGGCGGAAUGCUCUACUACAGCAUGAACAUCCUCUGGCCCCGCCAAUCCGCCCUGCUGUACGUUCCCCCAGGCGACUCCACCCUGCAAGGUGUCUACGCGAACAUGUUCUCCUUCGGCACGAUUCUAGCCGGGAUAUUCGUGCUCACAAUCGUCCCCCGGCUCGGCCACGAGCGUUGGCAGCUGAUUGGAUUCCUGGUCGUGCAGACGGGGAUGAUUGGGUCGAUGGGAUCUGUUGGGGAGGACGACAAGGCGCAGGCGAUUGCGACGAUUAUUAUCGUAGCGGCGUCGGUCACCCCACCGCAGUAUUUGGCUUUUGGGAUGAUUUCGUUGGGACUCGAGAGUCAGGAAGAUAUUGGCAUCAGCCAAGGCCUCCUAUGCACAUUUAGACUGAUCGGCGGCGCCAUUGCAACGGCAAUCUACACGGCAAUCCAGUCGAACCGGUAUAAUGCCCUUAUUGGCGACCGGGUGCGUGACGCAGCUAGUCGCUCUGGUUUCACGGGCGACAUCUCUGGUCUACUGGCCGCUGCACAGAUUAAUACAGAGGCUGCGUAUCAGAGCGUGGCCGGAAUCACAGACAGGAGCAUACAAGCUGUCAGCGAAGCCUCCAAGGUCGUCAGCGCAGAGUCGUACCAGCUCGUCUACGAGGUGGCAGUUGCGUUUGGAGGCCUAGCCAUUCUGGUUGCGCUUACAACGCGGGAUAUCGACAAGAGGAAGAAGACGAGCGCAUGUGCGGUUCAGUUGGAGAAUGAUACUUCUAAGUAG